AUGCAAAUAUUUAUAAAAGAAUCAACAAAUAAAAAGGAAUGGUUUAUAUUGGAUCUCCAAGGUCAUUUAGAAUAUACAGGAGAUUUAAAGAAUGAAACAUUAGGAAUAUUAACAAAAAAACCAAAUACAAAGGAUGAUUUUUCAUUUCAAAUUGGUAAUUCAGUUUUAGUUGGAAAAAGGGUUCCUUUAAAGAAACCUUUAUUGGUAAUUAAAAAAUCAAAAUUAAAUAAUAAUAAUAAUAGUAAUAAUAAUAAUAAAAUGGCUGUUGAUAAUAAAGAUAAUAAAGAUAAUGAAAAAGAUAAAGAAGUUGAAUAUUCAAUUGAAGGUAUUUGUAAUGAUAAAAUUCAAUUCACAACAAGACCUACAACAUUUAUUCCUCAGAGUUCUGUUGUUUAUGGUUCUCCAACACAUAAAUCACCUUCAAGUAGUCCAAAAACAAUUUCUCCUGUUAAAGUUUCACCAACAUCUUCACCAAUUAAAAAUCCAGAAUUUAAUAAUUAA